ACUAAAGAAACAAAAAACUUGACGCAUGGGGGUCUGUGAGGAGUGACAGUCCAGUCAAAAAAGUCCAGCGAGUUUGGCAGCAGCACACGAGUGAGGUGUAGUUUUAACUUACAAACAUCAAAGCUGUUGUUGUUGCGGCAAUAAUGGAGGAGUUGAGCAGAAGUGUGAGUGAAUUGAAACAAACGUUCAACACUGGAAGAACAAGAGACGUUGAGUGGAGGAAAGCUCAGCUCAAGGGGAUCAUUAAGCUACUCGAUGAAAACGAGCUUCAAAUUUUUCAAGCUCUUGAGCGUGAUCUUGGUAAACACCCUGUUGAAGCUUAUCGCGAUGAAAUUGGUGUAAUAAAAAAAUCUGCAAGGUUUACUCUGUCCUCUAUCGACAAAUGGGUUGCUCCGACGAAGAAACAAGUACCGUUGCUGUUUUAUCCAUCAAAAGGAGUAGUAAUGCCAGAACCACUUGGGAUUGUACUUAUAUUUUCAUCCUGGAACUUCCCUUUCACAUUGUCACUGGAUCCAUUGAUUGGAGCAGUAUCUGCAGGAAAUACUGUUGUCUUAAAACCUUCAGAGCUUGCAGCAGAGUGUUCAGCGUUCCUUUCAAAGACAAUCCCCCUCUACUUGGAUUGCAAGGCCAUCAAAAUCAUUGAAGGUGGAGUAGAAGUAGCUGAAAAGCUACUACAGCAGAAAUGGGACAAAAUAUUCUAUACUGGGAAUGCACGAGUGGCGCGGAUUGUCAUGUCUGCAGCUUCAAAGCAUUUAACGCCUGUUACACUGGAGCUUGGUGGAAAAUGUCCUGCUAUCUUCGGCUCCCUCUCUGACGGAGAUAUGAAGGUGGCUAUCAAAAGAAUAGCUAGUGGGAAGUGGGGGCCAUGCAGUGGACAAGCUUGUGUAGGAAUUGAUUAUAUCCUUGUUGAACAUCAACAUGCAUCAAAGCUAAUAGAUUUACUGAAGAAGACUAUCAAAAAAUUCUAUGGUGAAAAUAUGGGAAGCUUGAAGAAUCUCUGCAAAAUAGUGAACAAGCAUCACUUUAAUAGAUUACAUAAUCUUCUAGAGGAUCCUGCUGUUGCAGCUUCCAUUGUUUAUGGGGGUUCAUUGGAUGAACAGAACUUAUUUAUCGAGCCUACGAUCUUAUUGGAUCCGCCAGUUGAUGCAGUGAUAAUGGUGGAAGAAAUAUUUGGCCCAUUCCUACCGAUCAUUACACUAGAUGAUAUUCACGAGAGCAUUGAAUUCAUAAACUCGAGGGAAAAACCUUUGACUAUCUAUGCCUUUACCAAAGACGAGAGCUUCAAGAAGCAGAUACUUGCAGAAACAUCUUCAGGAAGUGUGACUUUCAAUGACACCUUUGUUCUGAAUGCAUGUGACAAUUUACCAUUUGGAGGUGUUGGUGAGAGCGGCUUUGGAAGAUAUCACGGGAAGUACUCUUUCGAUACAUUCAGCCAUGAGAAAGCAGUUUUGGAGAGAACAUUCUAUUUUGAGUUAGAGGGAAGACAUCCUCCAUGGAAUGAUUUCAAGCUGCAGUUUAUCAGAUUGGCUUAUAACUAUGACUACUUUGGAUUGGUGCUGCUUUUGUUGGGUUUAAAGAGAAAGUUUACCUAAAACAACUAGUAUCCACACCACCAUCCUUUAUUCUGCAUUUCAACUUUGUUUGUUGAAUAAAGUUGCUUGGAAAUGGAAAUGGUAAUUUUUUUUAUCUAA